CUUUCCUUCAACUUUCGUGUAAGGAGGAACCUGCCGCCCCGCCCGCCCCCUCGCCCCGGCGAUCCGCAUUUGAACCCCGCAGGGCCGGCCCUCCACCUUGCGCCGCCCUACGCGCACGCGGGGAGCCCUGAUGAGUUCUCCCGCAGGAGCGUGAGCGAGGGUUCGGCCGCCACCCUGGGCCCCGGCGCCGGGGCUUGUCCCGUGGGGACCUCUGAGCAGCGGCGCUGGGCAAAGACCGCGGACGAUGACCGUGUGGCCCCUGGGAACUUCAGCAUAGUAAUGCCAACAUGAUGUUUCACUCCGGUCGAAUGUGGAGCUGUCAUUGGAAGUGGAAGCCAAGUUCUCUUUUGUUCUUAUACGCUUUAUAUACUGUCUGUGUCCCUCACUUAGUGUGGGGAUGUGCCAACUGCAGGGUUGUCCUCUCCAACCCUUCUGGGACCUUUACUUCUCCGUGCUACCCUAACGACUACCCUAACAGCCAGGCUUGCGUGUGGACCCUUCGAGCCCCCACCGGCUAUAUCAUUCAGAUAACAUUUAAUGAUUUCGACAUUGAAGAAGCUCCCAAUUGCAUUUAUGACUCAUUAUCCCUUGAUAAUGGAGAGAGUCAGACUAAAUUUUGUGGAGCAACUGCCAAAGGCCUAUCAUUUAACUCAAGUGCGAACGAGAUGCAUGUGUCCUUUUCAAGUGACUUUAGCAUCCAGAAGAAAGGUUUCAAUGCCAGCUACAUCAGAGUUGCUGUGUCCUUAAGGAAUCAAAAGGUCAUUUUACCCCAGGCGCUAGAUGUUUACCAGGUAUCAAUUGCAAAAAGUGUCUCUAUUCCGGAGCUCAGUGCUUUCACAAUCUGUUUCGAAGCAACCAAAAUUGGCAAGGAAGACAACGACUGGAUGGCUUUCUCCUACUCAGAUGCAUCCUUCACACAAUUACUCAGUUUUGGAAAAGCCAAGAGCGGCUACUUUCUAUCUAUUUCUGGCUCAAAAUGCUUACUAAACAGUGUAUUACCUGUAAAGGAUAAAGAAGACAUUUUCACAGAAAGCUUUGAGCAGCUCUGCAUCAUUUGGAAUAACUCUUUGGGCUCUGUUGGUGUAAGUUUUAAAAGAAACUAUGAAGCAGUUCCAUGCGAUUCUACCAUUAGUAAAGUUAUUUCUGGGAAUGGGAAAUUGUUGUUGGGCUCCAAUCAAAAUGAAAUUGCCUCUCUAAAAGGGGACAUUUAUAACUUUCGACUUUGGAAUUUCACCAUGAAUUCCAAAAUCCUCUCCAACCUCAGCUGUAAUGUGAAAGGGAAUGUGGUUGACUGGCAAAAUGACUUUUGGAAUAUCCCAACCCUGGCUCUGAAAGCCGAAAGCAACCUAAGCUGUGGUUCCUAUCUGGUCCCGCUCCCAGCACCAGAACUAGCCAACUGCGCAGAUUUGGGGACCCUCUGCCAAGCUACUACUGUAAGCUCUCCUAGUACUACAACACCCACUGUCACCACUAACAUUCCUGUAACUAAUAGAAUCGCUAGAGAAAGGAAUGAUGGAAUUAUCUAUAGAAUUUCCAUAGUGAUUCUAAACAUCCUUCAUCACGCUGAGGUAAAAGUACAGAGCAAGGUGACAGAAUGGCUCAAUUCAACCUUUGAAAAUUGGAACUACACUGUGUAUGUGGUUAAUAUCAGUUUUCACCUGAGCACAGGAGAGGACAAGAUUAAAGUCAAGAGAAGCAUUGUGAAUGAUCAAAGUUUUUGCUUUCAAAUAGGUUUUUGUCCUAGCGAUGAGGAUCCCAAAGGCUAUCGUUGGCCAGCCAUUUUACCUUCUGAAUAUAAGCUGCAUUGCCCAGGGAAGUCCGAUGUUUAUGCUUCACGGAUAUGUUAUCGUAGUCCAACCAACACAACGCUAGCCUACUGGGGACCUCCUGAUAUCUCCAAUUGUUUAAGGGAGGCUGCCAAUCAGAUUUUAAAUUUAACUGGAGAUGGGCAAAACUUGAAUUCAGACAAUAUUAUCAGCAUUGUAGAACAGGUCAAAAGAAUUGUGAAUAAAGAAGAAAACAUUGAUAUAACUCUUGGCUCAACUUUAAUGAAUAUAUUUUCUAAUAUCUUAACCAGUCCAGACAGUGAUUUGCUUGCGUCUUCUUCUGAUGCUUUAAAAACAAUCGAUGAAUUGGCCUUUAAGAUAGACCUAAAUAGCACAUCACGUGUGAAUAUUACAACUCGGAAUUUGGCUCUCGGAGUGUCAUCCCUAUCUCCAGGGACUAAUGAAAUUUUAAAUUUUAGCAUCAGUCUUCCGAACAGUAAUGAAUCAUAUUUUCAGAUGGACUUUGAUAAUGGACAAGUGGAUGCAUUGGCUUCUGUAAUUUUGCCUCCAAACUUACUUGAGAAUUUAAGUGAAGAAUAUUCUGCAUUAGUUAAAAGAGCACAGUUUACUUUCUUCAAUAAAACUGGACUUUUCCAGGAUGCAGAAACCAAGAAAGGCACCUUAGUGAGUUAUGUGAUGGCCUGCAGUAUUGGAAACAUAACUAUCCAAGAUCUGAGGGAUCCAGUUCGAAUUAAAAUCAAACAUACAAGAAACCAGGCAGUGCCUCAUCCCAUCUGUGCCUUCUGGGAUCUGAACAAUAACGAAGGUUCUGGAUUUUGGAACACAUCAGGAUGUGUUGCACAAAGAGAUUCGGACGCAAGCGAGACGGUCUGCCUGUGCUACCAUCUCACACACUUUGGAGUUCUGAUGGAUCUUCAAAGAACAUCCUCACACAUAGAUGCAAGAAACACUAAAGUUCUCACCUUCAUCACCUAUAUUGGGUGUGGAAUAUCUGCUAUUUUUUCAGCAGUUACUCUCCUGACAUAUGUUGCUUUUGAAAAAUUGCGAAGGGAUUAUCCUUCCAAAAUCUUGAUGAACCUGAGUACAGCCCUGCUGUUCCUGAAUCUCACCUUCCUCUUGGAUGGCUGGGUCACCUCGUUUCAUGUGGAUGGGCUCUGCACAGCCAUCGCAGUUCUGCUGCAUUUCUUCCUUCUUGCGACCUUUACCUGGAUGGGGCUAGAAGCAAUUCACAUGUACAUUGCUCUGGUUAAAGUAUUUAACACUUACAUCCGCCGAUACAUACUGAAAUUCUGCAUCAUUGGCUGGGGUUUGCCUGCCUUGGUUGUGUCAGUCGUUCUAGCAAGCAGAAACCAAAAGGAGGUCUAUGGAAAAGAGCAAGGCAAUGAAUUCUGUUGGAUUCAGGAUCCAGUUGUUUUUUAUGUGACCUGUGCUGGGUAUUUUGGAGUCAUGUUUUUCCUGAACGUUGCCAUGUUCAUCGUGGUGAUGGUGCAGAUCUGUGGGAGGAACGGCCAGAGGAGCAAUCGGACCCUGCGGGAGGAGGUGUUGAGGAACCUACGCAGCGUGGUCAGCCUGACGUUCCUGCUGGGCAUGACGUGGGGAUUUGCUUUCUUUGCCUGGGGACCCUUAUAUGUCCCUUUCCUGUACCUCUUCUCCAUCUUUAAUUCAUUACAAGGCUUAUUUAUAUUUAUCUUCCACUGUGCUAUGAAGGAGAAUGUUCAGAAACAGUGGAGGCGGCAUCUCUGCUGUGGCAGAUUUCGGUUAGCAGACAACUCAGACUGGAGUAAGACGGCUACCAAUAUCAUCAAGAAAAGUUCUGAUAAUCUAGGAAAGUCAUUGUCCUCAAGCUCUGUUGGUUCUAACUCAACCUACCUUACAUCCAAAUCUAAAUCCAGCUCUACCACCUUCUUCAAAAGGAAUAGCCACACAGACAAUGCUUCUAUGGACAAGUCCUCAUCAAAACUGACCCAUGCUGAUGGAGAGCAAACAUCAAUCAUUCCUGUCCAUCAGGUCAUCGAUAAGGUCAAGGGUUACUGCAAUGCUCAUUCAGAUAACUUCUAUAAAAAUAUUAUCAUGUCGGACACCUUCAGCCAUAGCACAAAGUUUUGAUGUCUUUAAUAUAAGAAAGAGGAACCAGUUUGCAGAAAUAUGAAGAUCUGUAAGCAGUAAAAACUGUAACUAGCAGAUGUAAAUGUGCUGUAACCUAGGUAACAGCAUAUAUAUAUAUAAUGUGUUUUGUUAAGAAGGCUUCUGUGAAAUUCAAAAUCUGUCUUUACAGUGUAUUUCUUCCUUGGGGAAGUUUCUACCAUCACUAAAACUUUAGUACUGAAAGUAUCAUGACUCAGUAGCCAUAGAAAAUAUGAUUUUUUAAAAAAAAUAUAUAAUUGAAUCAGAUUAAUCAGAACUCAGGAGGAGACACUGUAAAUAGAGGACAAGGGAGAGGCAGAGCUAGGGACAAACCCUAAUUUAGAGCUUAGUUAUACCCCAUCCAGUAGUUAGGUUUGGAUAUGGCCAUUUGCUUCAGCAUCUUUCCCAACAAUCAGAAGCAUACUAAUAUUUAUAACUAUUUUGGAUGCCCACAAGACCUAUCUCAAUGCUAGUUUCUAUGAAUGAAUUUCCUCAUUUUCAGUGAAAUGUCAAUCAAAGAUAUAAAAAGAAUGUUUAAUGUCUGACCCAAGGAUUAGAAAACAAUUUUUUUCUUAUUAUACCAAAUGUUUAACAGUCAAGACCAUAACAUGCUUAAGAACGAACGAAUUUCCCACAUUUUGACCUAGUUAAUAUGAGGCCAUGUAAAUUUCUACUGUUCAAAAUACAAGGCUUAAACAUCAUCAUUAUAAUUGAAUCCCAUACAUUUGAAUCAAAUUUAGUGUUGACAUUCCCUUAAUGUGGAUCUCCCAGCAGUCGCUGAGGAAUGAAUCUCUUACUCCUCUGUUUUGGCUCCUGUACUGACUGUGGGCUCACGGGAGGAAUGAGAAUUUCCAUUAGGCUCGCAGUGCACAGUAGUCUCUCCCUUUUAGGAAAUACAACCACCGAGACUCUGUGGUUCUGUGCUCGCUCUGCAGACUUUAAGAUGUUUCCAGUUGCACAAAUGAAAAGCCUCUUCUCCAUUUAAGAGUUUGUUCAAGGAAUAAAAACCGAGACUUAUGGGUGACUUAUCAUAAUCAAAAUAAUUUAUAAACGUGGGUCUACAAUUGCUAGUUUAAAAACAAGUUGUACAUAAGUCCUCUGAUAAUACGAGCCAGAGGAAAUCUGGCAAGAUAGAUGGUGUGUUAUUUAUGGAUUAGAUUUCUGCAUACAAGCCGUGCAUAAUAUUAAGCAGCUUACCCAGCUUUCAAACUAUCCUGAGUAAUACACUUGCUAGUGAAUGUGUAGGAGACCACAUUUUAAUUGUUCUUAAAGAUGGAGUUGUGUCGAGUUUCUUAGAAAUCGGUCUCAGUACCCUUACAUUUACUCUGGAUUAUCUGGGAAAUAUCAGGUUCUGGGAGGUGGCAGUCUAAGUGAUGAGAAGAUGAGACAUUCUGGAGCCAAGAAAGAACUGAGCACGUGGGGGCCUUUCCCUAUGUGCAGAAAGCAGGUAACACUUGGUCUGAGACAUAGGAGAGCGUUCUGGCUAUGCAGCCACCGAGGGGCCUCUCACCUUUUGCUGAUCUUCAAACAUAAGCUAUUGGACAGGCUUGAAUGGAUGAUAAGAUAAUGUGGUGGUGGGUUUUUUAUUAUUGUUCCAUUUUGCAGUAGCAUGGAACCCUGUCCUGGGAGACCUGAGCACUACCCAACUUGGCUCUCACAGGGGAGGAGUGUAUAUAGUAGGAGAGGAUAGUAAAUCUUAAGGUCUCUAAGAUUCACUACAGUAGAGCUGAGUCCUUUUCUGUAGGCAUAUAUUAACAGGCUGUUGAUUCUGACAGAGGUUACAUAUAGAUGAAAAUUAAUUUUAAAUAGUCGCUGAAUCUUCACAUACCUUUUCCCAAACCUUAGAGAUCUGUAAUAGAAUUUGAUGAGCUUUCUACUGUGAGAUUUCUACUCAAAGUGCUUACUGAGUUAAUAGUAAUUAAGAAACAGCUUCAAAAGUGGUUUUAAUUUCUACUCAUAUUUAUCCAGAUCUAAAAAUAAAAAAAAUAAAAAAGACUAUUUUUUUUCCAUAUUGGACAACAAUGUCAGCUCCACUUUAGAAAUUUCCAGUAACCAAGUAAGGAAAAAUGUCGAAACAGACAAAGAGAAACAUUUGCAAAUGGACUUAAAUGAUUAAGCCAAAUUCUACCCUCAGUUCUAAACAUACAAUUCUCACCUUCAUUUAGCCACCUUGAGAACAAAAUUAAAGGAAUUUAGCUGUGGAGCCAAAAUUAAGGUUAGCUUAACUUUGAGAAUAAUAUCAAUUUAGACUCUCUUUUGUUUUUUGUUUUUUUCCUUCUUUUUCCCACAUUGUUUUAGAGUCUUAAUCUAGGAUCCUGAAAUAUUUUCCGUUCUCGUUACCAUUACUUGUACUGUAAAGCUUUUCUUUGUCCACUGUUAGCAUGGACUCUUUUGUACAUAUUUAUUUAUUUGUGUUUAUAAAUGUCAGCUUAUUUUAUAUCUUAGUUUUGUAUCACCUGGCUUCGUUAUUUUAAUUAACUUUCUGUUGGACAGACUGUAUAUAUGUUUUUCUAAAUACUUUGUGAAAUAGUUUUCUGUAGCAAUAUCUUUGAAUAUGAUGAAUAAAAGUGACUGUGAGUGCAAAUUAGAAUUAGUAGUAAGAAGCUACUAUAGCUGAUUUGCCAUUUUACUUAAAUAGAAAAUGUUUUUCAAAUAAAUACUUAAUGUUAUUUGUGUUCCAAAUUA